AACUAAGACGUUGUGAGAGAGACGGGAGGAAGUAACAGGCAGAUUUCACAAGCUGCAAAGAAAGGCAGAGGCAGAGGGCACCUGUUGUUUGACUGAAGAAAAUUAGUUUGGGACUACAACUAGUAUGGCUGCCUGGGAUCUGUCUGUGACAGUGGAGGAGCUUGGCCCAGAGGCCCCACCCCUCAAAGUUAGCGUGACCUCAGACCUGCACAUUGGUGGCGUCAUUCUCAAAAUUGUUGAGAAGACACAGAUAAAGAAGGAUUGGUCAGACCAUGCCCUGUGGUGGGAGCAGAAGCAGCAGUGGCUGCUCCGACCAUCUUGGACCCUUGAGAAGUAUGAGAUCCAUGCCGACGCUCGCCUGAGCCUCACCCCCCAGCACAAGCCUCUAAGACUGGGCCUACCCAAUGGGACAACCCUGAGGCUUCAGGCCUGCUUCUCUCGUCCAGUCUUCCAAACGGUCAUUGGGGUCUGUCAUCUGCUGAACCUGCGUCACCCAGAGGAGCUGUCGUUGUUACGGCCAAUGGAGGUGAAGAAAAAGAAAAAAGACAAGGAGGCAGAAGAGGAAGUAGUAUACGAUCUAACAGGCCUUCGGACCUCAUCAGGUCCAGCUCACACCCUGUCCAAUGGCAUGCCUAUGCACUUUGCUGACUCACUGCAGACUGAGGCUGUGUAUAAGAUGUUGUCUGUCAGCCUACCUGCACCUGCUCCUGAGACUAUCACCAAGAUGCCCCGUCCCACCAGCCUUAUGGACAAGGCACAAGUUCACAGCAGAUGGCUGGAUUCGUCUCGUUCUCUGCUCCAACAGGGAGUGCAGGAGCAUGACAGGCUGCUACUACGCUUCAAAUACUACUGCUUCCAUGACCUGGAUCCCAAGUAUGAUGCGGUACGUCUGACCCAGCUGUAUGAGCAGGCUCGCUGGGCCAUCUUGCUGGAGGAUGUUGACUGCACAGAGGAAGAGAUGAUGCUCUUUGCUGCCCUUCAGUACCACAUUGGUAAGGUGUCUCUGUCAGAGCCCCAGCCGAUGACAUCAUGUCCUGCCAUGGAUGAUCUUGACUCUGCCCUUCAGUGUUUGGAGGUGAAGAUGGAAGCGGAGGAGAGCAUCACUGCGGACAUGCUGGAAACAAUGACGGUAGCACCAGAGCUGCAGGACUACUUGAAAAUCUUCAGACCAAAAAGACUGACACUAAAGGGCUAUAAGCAGUUCUGGUUCGCAUUCAACAACACAUCCAUCUCCUACUACAAGAGUAAAGAGGAGAGCCUCAAGGAACCCAUUCAGCAGAUGAACCUCAAAGGCUGUGAGGUGGCCCCAGACGUUAGUGUGGCUGGUCAGAAGUUCUGCAUCAGACUGCUGAUCCCUGGGGCUGAGGGCAUGAACGAAGUCUACCUACGCUGUGAGAAUGAGCUGCAAUACAGCAGGUGGAUGGCAGCUUGCCGUUUAGCCUCCAAAGGGAAGACACUAGCAGACAGCUCUUUCUCUAGUGAGGUGCAGAAUAUCCAGUCCUUCUUGGCCAUGCAGCGAACCAACCCUGGGGCCAAUACUGCUCAGACUGAUGACAGCAUCAACACAUACAGCCUUGUAUCCCCACGCUACCACAAAAAGUACAAAGCCAAACAGCUAACUCCGCGCAUCCUGGAAGCCUAUCAGAAUGUGGCCCAGCUCCCUCUAACAGAUGCCCUCCUCAGGUUUCUUCAAAUCUGGCAGGGUCUACCUGACUUUGGGGUGUCCUAUUUUGUGGUGAGGUUUAAGGGAUGCCGUAAAGAUGAAGUCCUUGGGGUCACCAACAACCGUCUCAUCCGCAUUGACCUCAGCAUAGGAGAUGUGGUGAAGACAUGGAGAUACAACACCAUGAGGCAGUGGAAUGUCAACUGGGAUAUUCAACAGAUGGCCAUUGAGUUCAAUGGCAAUGUGAACAUUGCCUUUAGCUGUGUGACUGCAACCUGCAAGAUUGUGCACGAGUACAUUGGGGGCUACAUCUUCAUGGCCACACGCACCAAAGAGCAGGCUGAGGUGUUGAACCAGGAGCUCUUCUUCAAGCUGACUGGUGGUCAUGAAGCCAUCUAAACAUCCAUGAAUAUCUGUAUCUCAGAAUGAAUCUCUUCAAGGUUUUAUGUUACAUGGACAUGCAGUAUUAGAACAGGUUGUCAGAGUGACCAAGACUUUCAAUGGGAAAGUGGUCAGUUGAACACGUUCUGCAUAGGCUACCAUUUCCACAACUCAGAAUUGUAUUGUUAUUACUCGACCAUACAAUAUGUUUUUCUGACUUUAUAAAAGUCAAUUGCAUUUUUAAAUGUUUGUGUGUUCUUGUAUUGAAAUGUAUUCAAUAGGCUACAUAGAUAAUAUUAAAUGAAUGGCAAGCAAAAUAAAUUGCUUAUUAUUUG